AUGCAACGACGACCAAGUAAACGACAGCAACAUGCUCCCAAAUCUCCCGAUCCAACAAUACAACCGGUAGAUGUGCAGGGGCAAUCAGAACCAGGAGAGAAAAAGCAAAAAACCAAACUUACAGCUUAUAUUUAUUCGAAACUGUUCGUUACGGUGGUCUGUAUAUUGCCGUUUUUGGCAGCACUUGUGCUUUUCGUCCGUUUUUACUACGAGAGCAACAACGGCGACAAUACUAGCCGUUUAUCAAAAUCAUUGCAUGAUCAUGACUCAAUUCAGUCCUUGAGUCUGGAUUUAGACAAUCGCAUAUAUGAGAAUGGCCAUCUACGGCCGGAAGACCACAUUUAUCGUGAGCCGGCUACACAGACACUCAAUUGGAGUAUAACUGCCGGCCAACGGCGACCGGACGGGGUCGACAAGAGGGUUUAUUUGAUUAACGAUGUCUUUCCUGGACCGUUGAUUGAGGCUCGCUCAGGAGAUACACUGCAAAUCCUUGUGCACAAUGACCUCGAGGACGAGCAGCUAUCUCUACACUGGCACGGCCUCAAUAUGAGAGGCGCUAAUACAAUGGACGGGGCUAUUGGCGUCACCCAAUGCGGCAUCCAACCCGGCCACUCAUUCUGGUACAACUUCACCAUUUCCGAGACUCAAAGCGGCACAUUCUGGUACCAUGCACACUCCACCGUUCAAAGGUCAGAUGGUCUAUAUGGAGGUCUUAUUGUGCAUCGACCUGUUUCCCAUGCUCGUCCGCCCACUACACCUAAUGUGCGGGGGUUACUUAUCAAGCAUCAGGAUUUGAAUGGGAAGGAGGACGAUGAGGAUUCAGUCCUGGAUAGUGUUAAGUAUAGCUACGAUAAGGAAAUUGUAUUGAUGAUUGGGGAUUGGUAUCAUCGUACGGCCAAGGAUGUGGCUAGCUGGUAUCUAUGGUGGGGAUCCAGAGGGUAUGAGCCUGUUCCGGACUCAAUGUUAGUGAACGGAGCUGGUCGAUUCGACUGCUCAAGAGCAGUUCCAGCUCGACCUUUGGAUUGUAUAGGUUCUCCCGAUGAGAGACCACCUUUGAUCCUUGGCGGGGAGAGCUCAUAUCGGAUCAGGGUUGUGAAUACCGGAUCUCUCACUGGAAUAACCCUUGGUUUUGCCCAAGGUACUUCAAUACAAGUGAUUACCCUUGAUGGCGGCAAUCCGGUCGAGAUGAAGCUAGACGAUGAUGGAAAGUCUUCGGUUGGAAUUCUCUUUCCAGGUCAACGAGUGGAUUUCGUCUUGCGGCCUGUGAAGGACAAUGUUUCAUGGAUGACUGUGAAGCUCGAUGAGUCCGACUUCAAAAUCGGCAAUCCAGCACUAGUAACCCAUCAAUCAUUCCCCAUCCUUCAACCACCACUAUCUUCAAAGGCUUCAUCCCCCUCUUCAACAAUCCCAGACGAAUCCAGCGACGGCCUAGAAGGUAACAUGAUCGAUAUCAACAAUCUCUCCUCAACAAGCACAAUCCUCUCCCAUCUCCCUCCCAAAUCAGAACAAACACACAUCGUCUACGCAAAAGUCGAGAAACUAAGCCGUCUCCAAAACAUCCCUUACGGCUUCUUCAAUCGCACAACAUGGAGCAUACAAAGUGACCCUCCGUAUCCGUUACUGGGAUUGCCGAGAAAUCUAUGGGAUAAGAAUCAGCUGGCGGUUUCGACGGGCCUGGAAGGCGCGUGGGUUGAUUUGGUGGUUAAUAAUUUGGAUGAGGGGGCUCAUCCGUUUCAUUUUCAUGGCCAUAGUUUCUACGUUGUGGCUCUAUAUGAAUCUCCAGCCGGCUCAUCGCGCUGGGGCUCAUACAACCCUUGGGCCACCGACAAUGGUAGCGCAGAUGAAGAUCCUUACGACCUAUCAAGAGCAGUCCUUCGAGACACAGUUCAAAUCCCGGCGCGUGGAUAUGCAGUCCUCAGAUUCAGGGCGGAUAACCCUGGCGUCUGGAUGUUUCAUUGUCAUGUUAUGUGGCAUCUGGCGGGUGGGAUGGCGAUGUUGAUUGAUAGUGGAAGUGAUGGUGUUGCUGCGCAUGAGCCUUGGUUAGGGGCAAAAGGGAUGGAGUGUCGUGUAUGA